GCACAGCGCCGGGAUCUUAGAGCCGCAAACCCUGCACAGCCGCUGCGCUGCCUUCCGGUAUCGAGCCAACGAGUAUUUCGAGGGAGGAGACGGUCCCGGACACGGAGCCUCAAAGCCAGCGAUGCCCGGAUCCUCGCCGGCCAGCAGCAAGGCUCGGGUCUACACCGACGUCAACACACAGAAGAACAGAGAGUACUGGGACUACGACGCGCACGCGCCAAACUGGAGCAAUCAGGACAACUACCAGCUGGUGCGCAAACUGGGCCGAGGGAAGUACAGCGAGGUGUUCGAGGCUAUAAAUGUGACGAACAAUGAGAAGGUGGUGGUGAAAAUCCUCAAGCCCGUCAAGAAGAAGAAGAUAAAACGGGAAAUAAAAAUCCUGGAAAACCUGCGAGGCGGAACCAACAUCAUCCGUCUGGUGGACACGGUCAAAGACCCGGUGUCCAGAACACCAGCGCUUGUCUUUGAGUACAUCAAUAACACAGAUUUUAAGGAGCUGUACCAGAAGCUGACCGACUACGAUAUCCGCUUUUACAUGUAUGAGCUGCUCAAGGCUCUGGACUACUGUCACAGUAUGGGGAUCAUGCACCGAGACGUGAAGCCCCACAACGUGAUGAUCGACCACCAGCUGAGGAAGCUUCGUCUCAUCGAUUGGGGUUUGGCUGAAUUCUACCAUCCCGCUCAGGAAUACAACGUCAGGGUGGCGUCUCGCUAUUUCAAAGGCCCUGAGCUGCUAGUUGACUAUCAGAUGUAUGACUACAGUUUGGACAUGUGGAGUUUCGGCUGCAUGCUGGCCAGCAUGAUCUUCCUGAGGGAGCCGUUUUUCCACGGCCAGGACAACUACGACCAGCUGGUCCGCAUCGCUAAGGUCCUCGGCACCGACGAGCUGUUCGGCUACCUGCACAAGUAUCACAUAGAACUGGACACGCGCUUCAAAGACCUGCUGGGACAGCAAUCACGGAAGCGCUGGGAGCAGUUCAUCCAGUCGGAGAACCAGCACCUGGUGAGCCCGGAGGCUCUGGAUCUGCUGGACAAGCUGCUGCGCUACGACCACCAGCAGAGGCUGACGGCGGCUGAGGCCAUGCGGCAUCCAUACUUCUAUCCGGUGGUAAAGGAACAAGCGAACGCCAACACAGACGGCACAAAGGCAAUAAGCAGCUCCAAUGCAACAUGAUGACCACACCGCAGG